GUGGAAAAUCCAUUUUGUUUGUGUUAUUGAAUAACACUGUCUAACUCUAGAAGGUUUAACAUGGCCAAACGCUAAACAAAAGUAACAACAUGUUCCCAUUAAGAAACUUUAUUAUAUCUGUUGUGAUUUUCAUAACAAAAAAUGUUGUUCAGGUUGUUGCAGAAACUUGUUCCAAUGGGAUAAUAUGUAACAGUCCAUACACAUGUUGUCAUGGUAAUUGCUGUCACGACAACGACGAUGAUUAUAUCUAUGGUUAUAGAAUGUCCUUUUGGAAUCUUUGGUAUUUCUGGUUUAUAAUUCUGUUUGUUUUGAUGUCAUGUUUCGGAGGUUGUGGAUAUUACAAACAGCGCCAGAGGAUAAUUCGUAGGAGGACUGGUUCUCCAACACGUAGUAACAGAAGAUCCAGAACUAUCAUACUCACUAACACAGGGGAGACAAACCCUACAUCUUAUGCAUAUUCAGGGCCUGGUGCUGAGCCUUAUAGCAAUGUUUACCAACCACCUCCUUAUUCUGAGGUAAUGUUGCACCCAGGACUAUAUCCCACCAAUAAAGAAAAUCUUCCUCCUUAUCCUGGAGAUUUAAGUCAGAGUAGAACAGAUGCAGAUACAGUGCCUAUAAAUACUGAUUCAGUCCCAAUUCAGCCACCACCAUACACAGAGAUAGCCAAUCAAAAUACAGAUCUGAAUCAACCAACCUAUCAGAACACUACACCUCAAGCUGCUCAUCAAAAUUUUGCACCUUUACAGCAACAGACAACCAAUCAGCAAGCACCUCAGGAGACCAAUCAGAAUGUAGCCUAACUAACUCCGAGAACAGUAAUUGUGCUUUAUGCUGUAAUGUAAAUGGAAUAUACUGGUCUCACUUGUCUCUUGGUGUUUCCAUAAAGAAAUCCUUUUAUUAUUCAUUUCCAGUUGUUCCAUUCAAAUAUAAAUUAUUUUUUAAUUGUUGUAUAUUUUAUGUAUAUGAAACUUUAAUAUCUAGUUAUGAUUCCUAAAGAGGCAUAUUUAUGACAUUAGGAAAAAUAUAAUGUCAUUUCUAUAGUAAAGUUAAACAUGCGUCUGGUGUUCAAAAUUCUAAUUCUAGUAUCUAUGGUGACUUUAUUUAUAGAAUUAUUUACUUAUUCUGAUAUAUGGUCCAUACUAACUAAAAUUUGAAAAGUGGAAUUAACUAUUAAAAGAUUUGAAGCAAAAUGUUAAAUUUAAAAGUACAAAGAUGAAAACGUGAAUUAAACUUAUGAGAUAUAUCAUUGAAAGUGUUAAUUUAUUUGAAUUAAAAUUAAAUUGUUGAAAUUAAGUUUUUGUAUUUAUUUUCUAUGUUAAAUACUUGAAUGGAUCAACCAUUUUUAACACAUUUGUAAUCCUAAAUGGCUUAUUAUCAUGAAGACAAUCAUUUACUGUUUAUAGUUAAAAAAAAUAUAUAUAUUGCUGUCUGCCUCCCAAUCAACCCUAUGUUGGCAGCCAAUCCAAAAACAAUUUAUUGCCUUCUUAAAAAAUUUAAAAUCAUAUUACUGUAUAUGAGUAAAUUCUGAAUCCUAUUUGGGCUGACUUUUUUGGUCAAAUUUGUGAUAGAAUUUACCAAAAUAUAGUGAGAAGUAGUCAUUAAAUUUGAAAUUGUAAAAGUUCUGUCACUUCUGAAUCCUAUUUGGUCAAAUUUGUGAUCAAAUUUACCAAAAUAUAGUGAAAUGUAGUCAUAAUAUUUGAAAUUGUAAAAGUUCUGUCACUUCUGAAUCCUAUUCGGUCAAAUUUGUGAUAGAAUUUACCAAAAUAUAGUGAAAAGUAGUCAUAAUAUUUGAAAUUGUAAAAGUUCUGUCACACAUGCACCAAAUUACAGACCUGUAGUGAUAAAAGAAAUUGUGUUAGGCUGCAUGAAAAUUGCAGAUGUAUAUUUUUUUGCCCUUGUAUAAAUAUGUUAUAUAUUUUGUCAUGAAUGUGUGUAAAAUGUUUUAGAAUAAUCAGAUUAUUUAAGUUACAAUAGUAUCUUUAUUCUUUACAAUUCUAAAAGCAGUGAAAAUCAGGGUUCCACUCUUAGAAGAAAAAAAGCCUGAAAUAUAGUAGCAGUCCUCCUGUAUAGGAGUGCCCUUGAAAUUCACGUAAAUGGGGGUGACACAGAAAAACCAUGGAAUUUCUAGCCUUCAUUGGAGAGGUACUUGUCUGUUAUUUGUAAUUUUCUCAAUUCCAAAAGCUUCAAGAUUUUAACUGUAGUUCCAAUGUCUGUUGGACCAUUUUUGGCCAAUAAUUUAUGACAGGGAGUCUUUUCCAAAUGUCUGAAAGUGAAAAGUAAAUUUUGGUUUCUUCAUUUAUGUCUUCUCUUUCCUUCAUUGAAAACAGAUAAGUUCUUGAAAAAUUUGGAUUUUUUUUUUUGCAAAAUGAGUGGAACCCUAAAAAAAUGCACAGCCUCCAUUUACUUGCUAUGUUAUUUAUUGUCAGUAAACACACCUACUUUCAGUUAGGGAAAUAUACUUCCCCAUAAAAUGCAGGACUUAAUUGUGUAUAAAGGUGAAAAUAAAAUUCUGCACAGGAAAAAAACACCUUUGGUACAAGUGAAAAUGAAUAUUCCUCCAGAAAAAUCCUGCCUCCCCAAAAUAUCAAAUGGUCUCCCCAUAAAUAUAAGAAAAAGUUCAUGGGUUUGAAAAUUUUUUCUUAAAAUACAGUUGUUAUUGAAAGAGGUGUCUAGAAAGGAUAGAUGAUACCUGAAUUUAUAUAAUAGUAUAGGUGUAUCAAUUUGUAUGUGAAUCCAUAUGAUAAUGUCUAUGCAUUUAAAACAUACUUUGAAGGUUGUGAGAUAUUGUUUUAUAUAAAUAACAUCAAUUCUUCAGUAAUAUUUAUAAAUUUUUAAUAGGUAUCCUAAAUUGCCAAAUGUUGAAUUGCAUCAUGUGUUUUAAACUUUUAUGCUGUUGUAGAAAUUUGUAAAAUUAUUUUAAACUUGUCUUUUUAAGUAUGUUUUCAGUAUAAAAUAGCAUGUAAUUUACUCUCAGUUUUAAUGCACUUGUAAUAGAGGAAUAUUUUCCUUGUGCAAAUUACAGUUGACAAUUUGCUACCUAUAACUUUUUAUGUAAUGAUUAAAAAUGAUGAUGAUGUUAUUUGCUAAUAGUAAAGUUUUGGGUAUUCAUGACACCAAGUUUAAUAGAGUGUCAAACUAGUUUUACCGUAUGCACCGAAUAGAAAUGUUUUAGGUAUAAAACAAGCAAAACCUUUGUAAUCAACAUUACACUGCAGUUGUACUGCUAAACAUUUCCUUCAUUGGAUGGUCAGAAUAACUCUAAAGGAAUUUAACAUUUUGAAUCAUAACUUUUACAAUUUUUGUGUUCAAGUCAUAUAUAUUCAAUUAAGAAUUGUUUUUGGUUGGAGAGAAAUCCAUGUACUUUUGUGAGUUGUUGGAUUAAAGGUUGAAAUCCAGUCUUUUAUUUUAUAAUAUUUUGAAUGUUACCUCUUUAUGGUUUAGCUCUGUUUGUUAUUUUUUAAUCGCUAUAUGCGAGUCUUUAUUUAAGUAAUAUUUAUUGGUUGAAAAAAAAAAAAAAAAAAUCAUUUUUGUGAUCAACAUUAGUUGAUGAUUUAUACCCGUGGACUUUAGAAACGCAACACACAUUUUUGUGACUUUUUUUUACCAAAUCCUGAUUAAUCUUCAUACAAUUGCUUUUCAUGCUUACCAUACUUCUUUCUGUUUAGAAAAAUUCAUUACCUGACUUACUUACUUACCUGAGGUAAUUGAACAAACCAGAUUAUUGAUGUCGCAUGAAUUUCUAAAAGCGAAAUUUGAAACCAAUGCAUGAUAUUUUUUUUUUAAUUUCUUGGUGAAACAUUUCUUUGAAUCCAUACCCACACUUUAAUCAGUAAAAAAAUGUUACAUUUCCAUAUUGCCAAGACUGAACAAAAUCUGAAUCAGGCCAUAAGACUUUUGCUGACAGGAAUACAUCAGUGUUUUGUUUCUAGACCAUUUCACGUCAGAAUCUCCUCUUAAAGGCCAGACAGACAGACAGGUUUGUAAAUGAUCCCCCAUGACGACAUAAAGCUGUAGUGACAACGCAAUGUCAAUAAAAUGUUAUUAUGUAAUGUCAUAUGCGAGAUAGGUUUAAGACUGCAACUUCAAUUGCUUACCAAAGUGUUCUGAUGUCAUGGAGGACAGAUUCACCCCUUAAUUGUAUCCAAUAUACUAGAAUGCCUACAGAAAAACAUUUAAAGGACUACAGUUUAAACAACAUAACUGCCAAAACAGACUGUAAAGGGUAAGACAGAGGCAAAAUCUGAUGGGACAAAACAGAACUCAAAACAUGCACAAAAGAGCUGGUUGACUUUUCUGUCAAUUAUUUUGGAGCUGGUUACAAGCAGACUUUGACGGUGACACAUCCAUUGAUAAGGAGAAAACUAGGCUUUCAUUGCAUACCACAUGAUUUAAACAUAAUAAAUCAAAUUUUAACUUCCAAACUGUAAAUUUUAUUUAGACAAUGGAGUAAUGAAUGAAACUUAUGUUUAUAUAUUUAUUUUACAAGUAUUGCAUUUUUUAACAUUGAAAUUAAAAAGAAUAAUCUUGUGUUGGGUUUUUGAAGUCUGUCAGUAAGUAUAGUUGAAUCAGAUUUUUUUCUAGACCUAGAAGUAAAUUGUGUAUUAUAGUUAAGAGAAGGUGAUUUAAAUUUAAGGUCUUAAUCAUAAAACACAAAUGUGUGCAUUUGCUUUGAUUGAGUUGGAGCAGUAUUAUUAUAAUUCAUUCUAUAUGCAUAAUAUUUUAUAUUAUAUUGUGUAAUCAAUCAAUCAAAUGUUUGAUUGAUUUUUUUAUGAUUAAGUCAAGUUUAGAGGGUUUUAAAUGAUAGUUGUCAUCUCUGCCAAUAUUACAUGUAUUACCAUUUUUAACUAACCAGGUCCUUCCAGCAAUGUGAGCUAUUGGAUCACUUUGUGUCUGUCAAUGUCCAAUAUUUUACAUUUCCAUCUGUUUCUAUGAAAUCAAGUUCACUCAACCAAACUUUACAGGAAUGAUCUUUAAUGAUCCUCAUUUUGUUCAGAUUGGUUGUGAGACAUGUCUGUCAGUCUGAGUGCCAGAGACUCUUUGAUUCUGAUUGGACAAUUUUUUUUUUCAUCUGUAAAAAAUUACAUUUUCUUUUUUUUUCUCUAAACUCAAUAAUCUAUUUUAAUCAAACUAAAGAUAAUUUUAUCGGACCUUAUCUUCUCUUUUACAAUUGAGGAGUUGAGGAGAUGAGCAAUGCAGUCUCCAAGAACCACUAUAGUUAAAUGCUCCUCAGUGCAAAGAUUUAUUUUGAUAUACAAGGCCUUGGUAGGAAUAAGAGGAGUAUACAGUAUGAGAACCUUUUGUAAUUAUAAAAAAAAACAAGAAAAAGCUAGGUUUGAAUUAAAUGCAUGCACACAUUAUAUAAAAUUCUGGCAAACAGUUUACAGGUAUUAACUGCACCCACAACAAAACUUUAUGAUCCUAAAAGUUGCUGAACAAAUAGGAUGAAUAUAUUAUAGAAAUAUUUAAAAGUGUAAAGAAGGAGCAGGAUCAUUUGAAAUGAAUUUUUGUUGUAUUUUUAUAUGUAAAGUGAUCUUUCUUGCCAUUUAUAUCAACAAAAAAUCAUGGUGUUAUCAAUGUUAUUUGAAUAUUACUUUAGGAAAUAUCAUUUUAUGGUGCAUUUUAUAUAUUUUAAUUUUGGUUACAAGAACUAAUUUUAAAUGUUCCUACUUUUCACUCUACUACACAUUUUUGAAUAAUAUUAUUAAGAUGAAACAUUUGUGUAACUGUAAUCAUUUAUCAAAAAGAACCUUUGGAAUUAAAAGUUAUUCACCUGUUCUUUCAUACAAAUGUUUGCAGAUAAUUCUGAUAUUAUUGAGCUUUUAAGCUAUAUCAUUUUAAAAUAUUUAGUUGAAGGUUUAUCAUUGUUGAUCAUGUGCAUUGUUUUUUUAAAUUAAGAAUUUAUUUACUGAACCAAAACGAAAAGGAUUGUUAUCAAGUGAAAAAAGAAUUUAUUAUUUUAUAUAUAUUUGCCUUAUGUUAAUGUAUAUCGUUGUGAAUGUAUUCAAAGAAUAAAGAAUCAUUGAAAGUG